AUGACGUCCCAUCAGUUCCAGCUCCUUCCCCACCUACAGCUGCGAGAGCGCAUUCUGGGCAUCCGAUACAGUUGCGUGAGGGAUAAGUUCCACAUCAGCAAGGAGAAGAUCGGCGAGGGAGGCAGUGGCGAAAUCAGAAAAUGCCUGGAAUGGAGCACUGGAACAGUGUUCGCUUGCAAGACUAUUCACAAAUCAAAUAUCACGAAUCAAAGUGAGGUAUCGGAUUUGCGCACAGAGGUUCUCCUCAUGGACCUUCUAAAAUCACACUACGGAGUUGUGCAAGUCCACAAAGUGUUUGAGGACCACAAGGUAUGUGAAACAUCUUCCGCUGCAACCACCAAAACAACCUUGCCAAUCCCCUCUUCGCUGGCCCUUCCUCUCCCUCUCAUCCAGGCCGUUCAUCUCGUCAUGGAACUCUGUAACGGCGGAGAUCUCUUCGACUUCAUACAGAGCGCCCCCAAGGGUCGUCUCACUGAGCAACAAGCAGCAUCCGUGAUGAGACAGCUGCUGGGAGCGCUCCACCACUGCCACUCCCUCGGUGUGCUUCACCGCGACGUGAAGCCCGAAAACAUCCUCUUGUGCGACCGGGUGCCUCAUCAAACGCGCGAUGGGGACCUGAGGAUCAAGCUCAGUGACUUUGGAGUGGCUGGAUUUCUAAAUGAGGAUGGCGUAUGCACGGAUAGCACAGGCACAUCCGAGUACAUGGCACCAGAGGUGGCCAUGAAAGCAACCUACAACGCCAAGGCAGACGUCUGGAGCGCCGGCGUCGUGCUGCACGCCAUGCUGGCUGGCGCCCUCCCCUCCUGGGCGGCACUGCGAGACGAGUUCCAAGAGCCAGCUGGAAGCACGGGUGGCGGCAGCAGCAGGGGCAAGGGGAAGACGAUGCAGGAGGGUAUUGCACGGAAUGAGCUCACCCUGAAGAGCAGGCUGUGGAGGGGUGUGUCGGAGGAGGCUAAGGACCUGCUGAGAGCCUUGCUGAGGAAGGACCCACAAGAAAGGCCCUCGGCUUUGGAGGCAUUGGUGAGGCGUUGGGUAAGUGUGGAGCUAUAA